AUGUCCCACCACCACCAUGAUCAUGGUCACCAACAUCCACAUAUACAUGGCUCAGACUCCAAGGACUACGCUACUGCCAAUAAGGAGCACUAUGCAGAUGCUGCGUCCAGUCAAGAAAAUCCAAAGUGGAUUGAACUUGCCAAAAGAUCAGCGCAAGCGAUUCUUGCUCGUUAUCCCUUCGAUGAGGAAUCCACCAGUGUGAUGGACUUUGCAUGCAAUAGAGGCCUUCUCUCCAGAGAGAUUGCUGGCUACACCAAAUUAUUAAUCGGCGUGGAUAUCAGCCAGACACCUGUUGAUUUGUUCAAUGAACACGUUUCAAACCAGGGUAUUCCUCCAGAUGAGAUGCGCGCGGUCUGCGUUGAGCUCAAAGGAGAAGAAGGGGAACUUGAUGGACUAAAAUUCGAUGUGAUAACGUCCAUCGACGACAUCACCAAAACUCUUGCAUUUUUCUUAAAACCUAAAGGAGUUUUGUUUGUAGUGGACGUCACUCCGAAAGAAUCAGACGGUAUUUCUGCCUCGGACAACAAUCUUUUCCCAGAAAAGUUCCAUCAUGUCGUGGCACAUCAACACGGUUUGUCCGAAAGUGCAAUUAGGACUGCAUUCGAUGGUGCUGGUUUAUUGUCUUUUUCGUUUGAACCAAUCUCAUCAGUGAAAGUCCACGAACGAGAGGCUACUCUUUUCAUUGCAAAGGGAGUCAAGCCAGAGGUGUAG